CCUCGCGCCGCGCGCGCACCUACGGCCCAAUUUAUACUUGCGUCCCGCCACUCUGUAUAUUGGUUCACAGUUGAUGCCAGCCCUACCCCGUUCACCCAAGAAGGAAGUUUCUGGUCUUCCCAAGUACUCCGAAGAUGAUUAUAGCCCAUACGAUAUCCACAUGCAGACUGCCAAAGGCAUUCCACCGUCUGGUCUAACCGACUAUCAGAUGAGUACUGCCAAGGGCAUGACUUUCGGAAACGACAUACGAAUGGACACCGCCAAAGCUUCGACUUCUUCUGUAUCGACUAUCAAGCAAUCUGGUCUGCCUUUGAGGGAUAGGGAACUCCUGGAGAGCAGCGAGGUUAAACGGAAGGCUACUGUGGCUCAACUAUACUUCCUUGAUUAUUACUUUCAGACACUUGGUUAUCUUGCUACACGCAAGGAACGUCGCGCGCUAUUUGACAAAGACACUAUAGACCGUGGCUUGACUGCAUCGGAGACGGCGAAGGAAUUCAAAUCCUACUGUGGACGAGAACGUGUCAUUCUACGAAAACGCCGUGCUAAACUGCGUGUUGAUCAAUUCCACAUCAUCGCUCAAGUUGGUCAAGGUGGAUAUGGUGAAGUCUUUCUUGCGCGGAAGCAGGAAACAGGAGAGGUAUGCGCGUUGAAGAAGAUGAAGAAACGAACACUACACAAGAUGGACGAGAUCCGCCACGUACUCAUUGAACGGGAUAUCCUAACCGCUACAAAAACGCCAUGGCUUGUUCGUCUUCUCUAUGCAUUCCAAGACCCUCAACAUGUAUAUCUUGCCAUGGAAUAUGUACCAGGAGGCGAUUUCCGGACACUUCUCAAUAACUCUGGUGUACUCAAAGAGGAACAUGCCCGGUUUUACAUCAGCGAGAUGUUCGCUGCGGUGAAUGAACUCCAUAAGCUUGGAUACAUCCAUCGUGAUCUGAAGCCAGAGAACUUCCUUGUCGAUGGUACCGGUCACGUCAAGCUCACUGACUUUGGAUUGGCUACUGGUGCCUUAAACCCUAAACGUAUUGAAUCGUUGAAAGUCAAGCUGGACAAGGUCAAAGAUAAUCAAGUAGUGCAUAGAUCCACCCUCGAACGUCGAUCAAUAUACCGUUCUAUCCGGAAUGAAGACCCCCGCUACGCAGACUCGAUUGUUGGCUCGCCCGAUUACAUGGCCCCUGAAGUCCUCCGCGGAAAGCCCUACAGCUAUUCUGUAGAUUACUGGUCGCUCGGCUGCAUCUUUUUCGAAUUUCUUGCAGGGUUCCCUCCAUUUAGUGGAAGUACUCCUGAGGAGACAUGGACGAAUCUGAAAAAUUGGACAACUGUACUUCGCCGACCUGAAUACGACAAGCCCGAGGACUUGAUCUUCAACUUGAGUGAUGUCGCAUGGGAUGCAGUCACUCACCUUAUUGCCCACGCUAGUUCCCGUUACUCUACUCUAUCUCAAGUCACCUCUCAUCCCUUCUUCAAAGAAUGCAAUCCUCCUGUCCAUUGGGACGACCUCCGUUCCACGCGCGCACCCUUCGUUCCAGCCCUCGACUCGGAAGUAGACACUGGAUACUACGAUGACUUUACCUCACUCGAGGACAUGGCCAAAUACGCCGAGGUGCGGGAAAAGCAGAAGAACGUGGAUAAAGUAAAGGAGAAGGAGGAGGCGUUUGGGCGAGGCGUUUGGGUUGGGUUUACAUUCGGGAAGAACGGGCCUGGGGCUAAUGUUGGAAAGCUUGGUGGGUUGGGAGAUGCAUAUGCUGAUGAAGGCGCUCUGGCGACGAUAUUCUGAUACCCAAAACAUUUUGGAGCGUUCAAUUUCUGGUUUAGCACGCAGUAUUGGAAUAUAUAUAUAAUUGCGCAGAACAUGUUCAAGGGGACGGCUCGCAAAGGAAACGUUCCAAGAUUUUUGAGGAACUCAAAGGGAAACAGUACUUGAUGCUAAUGUUGGGGAAAAUCCAUUAUUACUGGUUAUAGCUACAGAUAGCGAAAAGACAGGAGGGAG